AUAGCCCCCUUACGGAAUUUGAUGAAUAGGGUCGCUGUCAAAAGCGUCAGACGGAGGGGAGAGCUGACAGACAGACAGCUGUGACGGAGAGCGGAGGAGCACGAGCUGCGUCAUGUGUCGUCCUCACGCGUACGUCUAGUUAUUUAUCCGCGGAGUUGGACGUCGGGGAGAGUUUGCUCAACUAUUACCGUCCCGGGCUUAAUGUUCCGUGGCUAAUCCUGUUUUGUUCUUUUCUGGAGCGAUAUGGAUCCUGGAGCAUGUCGAGCUUAAGUGUGGGGCCACAGCUUUGAGCGUGCGCAGGCUGAAUAUUUGCCCAGGUUCAAAAAGUUCUCUCGUCGGGAGGAAAAGCUUCGUCUCCGCAAGGGUGAGUGAACCUUGAUUGGUUACACCCGUCUCACCCAUCCUGUGUAUUCAGGAGCCUCAGAGGGCCACAGCAUCAUGGUGAACAGCCAAGUGCCAGGUGUACCAUCAGACCCCAGGUCUUGUGCAGGAUGUGGGGGGAAGAUUGCCGACCGCUUUCUGCUCUUCUCCAUGGAGCGCUACUGGCAUACGCGCUGCCUCAAGUGCUCUUGUUGCCAAGCCCAGCUGGGGGACAUCGGUACCACCUGCUACAGCAAAGGGGGCAUGAUUCUUUGUCGGAGCGACUACAUCAGACUGUUUGGGCACAGCGGGGCGUGCAGUGCCUGCAGCCAGUCAAUUCCAGCCAACGAAAUGGUGAUGAGGGCACAGGGAAAUGUUUACCACCUCAAGUGUUUCAGCUGUGCCACUUGCAGGAACAGACUAAUGCCUGGCGAUCGCUUCCAUUACAUCAACGGUACAAUUUUCUGUGAGCACGACAGACCGGGCGCUGCCUUGCUCAACAGCCACCUGCCAGCACUGCAGAGCAGCUCUGUGCUGACAAACCAGAAGGUAUGCUGAGUGGCAAACGUGCCACGCGCUGCCCUUGCCUUCCUCUCCAAAGCUUCACUCCUUUCUUCUCUUGUGCUACUGUUGCCGUUGUUGUGGAUUCCCAUCACCACCCACCUGCUUCUCAUCCCCUCCCAGAGUGGACACAGUUUCUCAGUUUCUCACUCAAGAUAUCCCACAACUCGUCAUAUCAGAGAGACCCUCUGUACUACAUGCAAAGUCCCGUCUAUGUUGUGGUCAAUGUUAAAGUGGUCUGUGCAUCAUGCAAAGACUCAGGAGUUGCACUAGCAAAAGGCUCUUAAAGGACAAAAGGCUGGAUGCCAAGUGGAGGAGAGCAAAAGCUGCUUGAGUGAACAUUUGAUGGACUGCUGUAAAAUGACUGAACUUUUGCUUGAUGCCUUGUGGCAUUUUUUCCCCUGAGCAUCACGGUUUUUAUUUUUUAAUUGUAUUUUUUUUUUAUUACUAAACUCCUGAUCUCGCUCUUACGUACAUGUUCACCUGGAGAUCUGACACUGAGGAGAUAAAAUUGAUGGAUGACAAAAAUGUGAAAAUAUUCAGUCAUUGGAAAUCCUUUAACCCGCAGCAGAAAGCUUUUAAAGCCUGUCGCUGCUUUGUCACGUAUCGAUUUCUCUUGUGCCCUGCACAUCGACAAAGUAAAACAAUCCCGUGCAACUUUAUUUUUCUGCUGUAUAGUUUUGUUUCUUUACCAGAUGCGUGUUUGGUGUUUGUGUUGGGAUGGUGGUGGUAUGUGGCAUUGAAAGAAAAAUUCUAUUAAAACGAUUCUUGUAACAUGUCCCAAAGUGAUCUGAGGUUAAGCCCGUUAGUGGCAUUAGAGUGGCAACAUGUGGCAUGGUACCUAGCGUGGUGGAUGUUACUGGCUCUCUCACUCUCUUUCGCCCUGUAUGGUGAAAACAUGCCUGAUUACCCUGAGGAAUGGAAUUGGGGGGCUUGAGCUCUGACCAUUUACAGAAGCAAUUAAACAUGAUCCCUGUAUCUGUGCUGCUGGAGCUCCUGGGAGGCUGAACUCGGGGCAUAUCCCAAGGUUGACUGACUCGGUGGCUGCUUGCUUCUUAUAAAGCUUAAUCUGAAAGCAGGCUAAUUAAAGGGGCUGUAGCUCCCUCUACAUCCAGGGCGUUUGAAAAAAUCUUAUGUAUUUACUGUUUACCAUGUUCCAAUUAAAGCUCCCGCACAGCCUG